CCGAGAGCGGCCGGUGAAUCGCUCCCCUCCUACACCAGAGCCUUAAAGGGGCCGCGCCGCCCUCAGAGCCCAACCAUGAGCCAACGCUGGAGCGGAGUCAGCAGCCGGGCGGACAUGGUGCCCGAGAUCGCCGCCGCCGUGGGCUUCGUGUCCAGCCUACUCCGGACCCGGGGCUGUGUCAGCGAGCAUCAGCUGCAGGUCUUCAGCGGGGCCCUGCAGGAGGCGCUCACAGAGCAUUACAAACAUCAUUGGUUUCCCGAGAAACCCUUCAAAGGUUCUGGGUAUCGCUGCAUCCGAAUCAAUCACAAAAUGGACCCCAUUAUCAGCAAAGCAGCUAGCCAGAUCGGACUCAACCUCCAGCAGCUCUAUCAGCUCCUGCCCAGUGAACUCACGCUCUGGGUGGACCCGUAUGAGGUGUCUUACCGGAUCGGUGAAGAUGGCUCCAUCUGUGUUUUGUAUGAAGCAGCUGCGGCAACACCUGUGAGCUCCUAUGGGAUGCUCACCUGUAAAAACCAGAUGAUGUUGGGUCGCACGAGCCCUUCCAAAAACUACAUGAUGACUGUCUCCAGCUAAAUGCUCCUAUUGUUCUUACACCACUAAGACAUGGGCUACUGUAUACCUCACUGGAGGAUCUAUUUUUAAAUGAAGAGCUAUUUAUAUUUUUUAAAAAAAGCAAGAAAAUCCCAAAUGAAAUUUAAAUAUCAGACACUGCUCUGUAGCGAAGCAGUGUUAGGUGCCUUUUUUCUUUUUUAAAGCUGUUGCAAGCUUAUGAGUUUUUAUUAUGAAGCCAAUAUCUACCUAGUUAGUGUUGAAUGACAAUUUGGGCGGGCGGGCUUGCCUGUCUGGGCAGCUUGGGGUGGAGGAGCCGAAGGGGGUAGGGGGAAAUACAGCAUUUCUAAAGAGUAUUUUUAACUAUGGCGUAAGCGCUGAGCAACUGUGAAUGAAAAGGCUAGAAUACCUAGCGAGUGGGGCUUUUAAAGAUAGUUGACUGGAGUGUCAUGACCCACUGAGAAGUCUAUUCUGGCCUUGAUUGUUUUUAUUAAAAAAAAAAAAUCGCCUACUCCAUUACACUGAUAAGGGGUUGCAAUUUCAUCACCUCUCUGCCCCCAUUUCCCCCAACAAGCCUGAGCAAUUUGUGGCCUAAAGUUUCUGAUCCUUAAUCAGUUUUGACUGAGCCCAAUGUUCAGGAUUUGGCCCUGAAACUGGUUGGUAGUUCCCAACGCACAUUUGUAAUUCGCCGAAGUGCCAGACCAAUGUGAAUUGAUCUACCUGCUGGGGAACACGUCUUUACCAGGACUUUGUCUGUUCACUGCCUUUUUACUGACCAAUUGUCGCCCCUGCCAGUGACCCUUUAAGAGGUGAUUAAAAACACAAGGCACUUAAGACUCUUUAUUUUUAAUGAAACUUCCUCAGAUUAGUUUCAAAGCACAUUGGGUUUUUUUGCCUUCCUGUUUUGAACUGGCAAGUGAUUUGCAUAACUAGAGCUGUUCCUUCCCAGCCUUUCAUGACUCAAGUUCUCAGACACUGUGCAAUA